AGCGCCCGCCAAAGAUGACCUUACCCUACUUGAAUUGCUUGCCUUUAUACCACAUGAAUUGAACCUUGGGGACCAAGAAGCGAUCACCCAAUAUUAAAUAAAUAAAAAACCAUAAAAUCAUUUCUCAGUAGUCAUUUAAAUCAUUUAACAAGAAUUAACACUACAUCUAUUCUUCUCAUUUUAUUUUACCUACUUCAAAAUGACUGAAACACACAAAAUAAUCCCAAACCUUAAAGAAACCCUCCACAUUACCCCAAACCCUGAUGGAACCUUCACUCGUCCCGUAGACAUUUACCCUAUCGUCCCUCCUUCCAUUGAUGACCUAGAUUCUCCUUCUCUUUCCAAAGAUGUAACUCUCAACUCCGAAAAAUCGACUUGGGUUCGAGUCUUCUUACCCAGACUAUUCCUUAGCUCAUUGUCGUCAUCUUCUCCUAGGAAGAAACAUCCUAUUAUUGUGUACGUUCAUGGCAGCGGCUUUGUUGUUGCCAGUGUCGCACACCCUAAUUUCCAUGACUUCUGCUCCUACGCAGCGAGCCAGCUCGCUGCGUUGGUUGUUUCUGUUGAGUAUAGACUCGCCCCUGAACAUCGUCUUCCUGCAGCGUAUGACGAUGUUCUAGAGGCUUUGACUUGGGUGAAAGAAGGUAAAGAUGAGUGGAUACAAGAGUACGGAGAUUUGUCUAGUUGUGUUAUGAUGGGUGAUAGUGCAGGAGGUAAUAUAGUUUAUCAUACUGGAUUAAUGGCCGCAGCUCGAGUGGAUGAAUUAAAACCGUUACAGAUAAAGGGUUUGGUUUUGAUCCAACCGUAUUUUAGCGGCUUGGUUCGGACUGAGUCAGAGCUCCGCUUGGAAAAUGAUAAAAUUUUAAAUCUUAAAUGUAACGACUUGUGUUGGGAAGCCUCUUUGCCGAUUGGGGCUGACCGGAGUCAUGAGUAUUGUGACUCGGUUAAAGAUGGUGGUUCGAGUUUAUUAGACCGGGUUCGAGAGUUGGGGUGGCGGGUUUGGGUGGUGAGUUGUGAUGGUGACCCACUUUUUGAUCGGAGUGUAGAGUUGGUGAAGUUAAUGGAGAAAAGAGGGUUGGAUGUUAAGUCUAAGUUUCGUGAAGGUGGUGAGCAUGGGAUGUUUGUGGGUAGUCCUUCUAAAUAUAAGGCAGAUGAAUUGUUGAAUUUUGUUAAAGGCUUUUUCUCUUAAAUUAUUAGUCAUUUAUUUGUCUUCAAAAUAAGUAUCAUUUGAGUGAAAAAAAGAGAGAGAGUAUGAUAUAAUUCUAUUGUAAUUGAAAUUUCAAGUCAUUUACCAUUACUUGAA